AUGCCUCCUAAAACCUCUAGCGGAGAGCAAGAUGAUUCUCCAACGCAUGGGAAGGACCUGGUCUCGGGGGAGUCCUGUGAGCCCAUCGACGGUUCGUCAGAGCCACUCCAAACCAAAGCAAACGAUACGUCGGACCAGCUAUCUGCAUCAUCUAUUCAGCUAAAAGUCUGGAAUGAUGCCUACAAAGGCCUAAAAGACGACAACAAAAAAACGAUGGAAAAGUUCGAAGCAAUAAUGAGGAAGAGCUCUGCCUCUACUUCUUCAACUUCUUCACAAAGCAAGGAGGUGGUACGCUCCGAGGACGUUUGGAAUCUAAUGAGAAGAUUUGUUCGGUCCCAAGUGGAAAAAACAGAAAAGCUAGAUAAACACCUCGGCACAAUCGAGAACGUGGCUCGCAUCGCCCAAAGUAUCACCGAGUUGAUCAAAGGACCUCUCGAGUCCGUCCCUCAAGCAGGCCCUGCAAUCGCAGCGCUAGGUCUGGUCCUCGUGUUCAAGCUCGUCGCGAAUCCAGCAUCGGAGCGAAGAGCGAACCGACAAGGCCUCGUGUAUGUGCAAAAGAAACUAGCAUGGUACUGGGAGCUAUCCGACUUCUUGCUCCAGGAUAUCGAUUCCAUGAGAGGGCUGGGGCAAAACCUCAGGCUUUUUAUUGUCGAUCUUUACCAGCAAUUUCUAUUGUAUGAAGUAGACUCGGUUCUUAUGCUUCAAAGGAAUCGGGCUCUCGGCUGGCUUCAAGACAUGCUCAAAUGGAAAGACUGGGCUGGCCAGCUGUCGGAAAUCCAGCAGGCUGAACAGCAAGUCACCCAGUGCAUCAGUGACUAUACACAGAUGAAGGAGAGCCAGGAAAAGCGCGAUGCUCGGAACCGGGAAUGCCGUGAUGCUCUUGGUUCCGAUGUUCCCGAUCCCCAGAUCCAACUCGAGAGAAUGAAAAUGGACAAGGGCGGCCUCAAUAUGGAAUGUUCCAGGUGGCUAUUUCACAGCGACGAGUUCCAAACGUUUCUUGAUAAACCGGAGCAACAGAUCUUUUGGAUCACCGGCGAUGCUGGAAAGGGCAAGACGAUGCUUCUAUGUGACGUUAUUGAACGUCUCAAGUCCUCUCCUGACAAGACAAGAAGAGUAUUCUACUACUUCUGCGAGGCUAGAAACUCGGAAUCAGAAUUGUCCAAGACGGCUGCGUUGAGGGGUCUUAUUGGGGCAAUUGCCUUUGAAUCUGACAAACACCUUGAUACACUCCGGAAAAGUCUGGACAAGAACCAAAAUGCCUUCAAAGGCGUUGGCAGUGGCGUCGCCAUUGCUGCUCGGGACACACUUAGAUCCAUUUUAAGUGAUGAAGGUCUAAAGGGCGCCAUCAUAUGCAUUGAUGGUCUUGAUGAGUGCGGCCAAGAUAUCGUCCAUGUUCUGGAAUUGGUCACAGAAUACCCCAACAUCAAAUGGGUGGUGUCGAGUCGUACUGGCACUUUAUCCGUGGAAAGAAAACUUCGAAGCUAUCCUAAUUGCGUGAGGCUGUCACUAGAAGACGUCCAGACGUCAGUUUCCGGAGCCGUCGAGAGAUUCGUUCGGUCAAAGAUAAAGGAAUUAGCCGAGCAUUGGAACCUGAAACCAACCAAAAAAGAAAUGAAAGGGCUGCAGAACGAACUCAUUAAACGCGCCGACGGCACCUUUCUUUGGGUUGCCUUGGCUUUCGCAGAGUUGAAAAAUCGUCGAUGCUUCACGUCUGCGCCCCAGAUAUUGAGCCGUUUGCCCGCGGGUAUGCAUGCUCUCUAUGGGAGGAUGCUUGCAACGGUUUUUAACAGCCCAGAAGCGGACAUAUUCAAGUAUGUUCUUAGCCUUUGCCUCGUCGCUCACCGCCCUCUUACCGUUAACGAAUUUGCAAUGUUUCUAAGUCCCGAAUCUCCAUUGGUACCGGCAGGAACCGGCCUUCUGGAUUGGAAGACAUGGAUUGAAGGAUGCGGAAACCUUUUACGAGUAUCUUCUACAUCAGAUACAGUUAGUUUUAUUCAUUACUCUGCCAAGCAAUUUCUCGAAGAGCAUGCGAGGGACACGCUGCCUCAAAGUGGAAUCGACCAAAGCAUAUUCACUCAAAGUAUUUGCUUCAUGAGGAAUGUUCUUCACCGCGACAUGUGGCGGUUGAGGCAUCCGGGAGCAGCCAAAGGAGACCGGCCCAAGUUCGACCGCUUGGAAUCUAUUUCAUAUGCUUGCACCUUCUGGGGCAUCCACCUUGAUACCCAUACCUGGACGGAAAUAAGUUCUUCUGAGGCCGGAGAAUUGCAGGGUCAGAUAUUAAGCUUCCUUUCUAAACAUCUUCUUCAUUGGAUUGAGGCUCUAAGUCUUUUGGGCGUGUUAUCAGAGGGUGCCAUGAUGCUCUAUAAGAUGAGAAACUUUGCUGUCAAGUAUCAGAUGGAUGAAUUGUCCGAAUUUCUUUGGGACGCCUAUAGGUUCUUUCUCCGCUUCAGAGAGCCCAUAGCUACGGCCCCGUUGCAGGUUUACGCGUCUGGAAUGAUUUUCAGUCCUUCAACAAGUCAAAUAAGAAAAUAUUUCAAUCACCAAUAUCCUCAAUGGGCAACCGUAACGUCUUCUAAUCAUGAUAUUUCUCAGUGGCCCUCAUGCCUUCUUAUGAUAGAAAAGGUUUCAGCUGGCGAUUUGCCACGGUUGGCAUACAGUCAGAAUGGAACUCGGCUCCUUGCCUCGGAUAAUGAGUCCAUCGGGAUUAUGGACACAAUUACAGGUGCUCGUAUCCGCAAUUUCGACGUCGAAGCGGACGUUCCACGGACCACCAGAGAAUCAAGAGAUAUUACAAAGUUUGUUUCGGCUACUAUAGGUGAUAAUUCGCGUGUAAGGAAUAGAUGUUUAAGGCUUUUUGACGUUUUAAAUGAAACGUGGAUUGAGCUGCCUUAUGAACCCGCUAAUUUGAACGGCUUGGACUUCUCUUAUGACUCGAAGAUGUUGGCCGGAGUAUGGGAAAAUUGCAUCAGAAUAUGGGAUACGGAGCAAGGCGAGCUCGUCUCACGAAUUACGCUUGAAUCAGAAACUGCUGAUAGCCAAGAUCCCAAAUUUCUCGGAAAUAGCACAAUGAUUGCGAUUCCGUUCAUCAAUAAGAGUAUCCAAAUCCUGGAGACACAAACGGGAGAGAGGUGCUACGAGCUGCAGACAGGAUUUGACAUAGAUGAGCUAGUGCCAUUCCCUUAUGAUUCGUCGAAGCUAAUUUUAAUACUAAAUAGAGGUGAAUUAUAUCAGUGGAAUAUUGGAACUAGGGAAGCAGUUAAGAUGAUGGAUGGACUAGUGUCCUUCAGUGAUAGAAAGGUUGUGAUUUCCCCAAGCGAGAGGAUCGUCGCUGUUUUCGGGGUUGACAUGAAUUUACACAUUUUGGAUACCUCUGGACAUGAACGCUUGGAGAUUAUCAAAUCGCCUUUCAGUGGCUCUAUGGCGUUUUCUGAUGAUGACAGGUUGCUUGCCGUAUCAAGACCAAAUGGUGAGAUAUGGGUUUGGAACACAGUUUUGCGUAUGUGGACUUUUCGAUUUGAGAGCCACUCGCGCGACGUUUCGUCAUUGGUAUUUUCCCCUGAUACCAAGUAUUUGGCAUCAUGUGGUAUGCAUACGCCUUCGGCUAGAAUGGAUAUGAGUCUGCACACUCAAAUCUGGCCGCUCGAAGUUCCACAUAGGAGACGUGUUGAGGGCGAACAAUAUGAGAGGCGCAAAAUAUGCAAGGUGAACCUUUCUCAGGACAACAAAUGGAUCGCUACAGUAUCCGAUAAAUCAAAAGUUAGUCUGUGGUCAAGCUCUGGACGUUUCGAGAGACGUCUCGGGGAUGAACGAGUGAUGGCACUCAAAUUUUCAUGGGACAGCACAAAAUUUGCAUUUUCCACAAUAAAGGGAAAGGUGGGAAUUUGGGAUCUCAAAAGAGCGUGCUCUAUGGAAAUCAAUGCAUUCGAGUACAACAGUCUUCCAGAUUAUUGCCUGGAAUUUUCUAGAAACGAUGGACUUCUCGCUGCGUCGACCACAGAGCAACUGAAAGUAUUUGACGUCAAAGAAAGCAAUUCGCAAGCGCUAAAAAGGAAAUCCCUAAUCAUUGCGGGUCAUAAUAGCACAUUUCAACUAAAGACGACAUGUGAGUGCGACAAAUUCGUGAUAGGCACUACCUGCAUCGCCUUGUUUGGUACUUGGGUUGCCGCGGGUUCCUGGUAUGCUAAUGUUAUUUACCUGUGGGAUGUUGACACUGGGCAGCUGAUCAACCAAAUUCCACUACUGUCACCUCCAUACACUCACCAGAUGACAAUGGAUAUGAGGAGUAUCGGAGGCAGCACUCAAAUUUUAUCAAGUGACAGCAAUGCUCGUCUAAUGAUCAUGGAAGUCCCCUCCGGCCACAUUGUCAAGACAAUGGGGACACCUCCACUAGAAAGAAUUGCCUGCAAUCGGGAUGACCAUACACAGCUCUUUACAAACUUGGGUAAAAUUGAUCUCACGCAGUUUGAUUCAGGAUGGGAAGAGGAUUCUUUGGCUGCCUCCGGACUGCCGCAACCAUUCAAUCAGUAG